UGAAAUUGGCGAUGAAAUGGGCGUAAAUGCGUAAAUUUAGGUCGUUUGAGCGCCAAAAUAGUUGAUUGUCGCUAAUUUUUUGGUAAUCAGAGAAUUCUGUUUCUGAUAUUGUAUCGAAUGUGGGUUAAUUUGUUAUCCGAUAUGUCAAUUCGAGCAUUCGUUUUUUCGAAGCUGUUACUCUGAAUCGGCUACUCAAAAUUUUCUCCUCUCCUAUUUUGCUUUAAUUUUUCUAAAAAUUUCAGUUAUUUUUAAUUUUUGACAUAAUUUAUUUUCAAUUAUGAGCUCUGAAAUUUCAAUGAAGGAUCUUUCUGUGCAAGACAUUCACUUGGAAAAUGCUUUUGUCUAUGCAAUAGAUACAAAUCUUAAAGUUUUUGCCGAAGCAAUAAAUGUUCUUUCAAAAAUUAGCGAUCAAAUACUUUUACAACCUCUAGCUGACAGCCUUAUUUUAACGGCAUAUAAUUCGACAAAAUCGGCUUUUGCCAAAAUUGUUUUGUCUUCAAAUUUCUUUUCCCGUUUCGAAACCCCUUCAAAUAAUGAACAAAAUUUAAACGGGGAAGUUUAUUGUCGAAUAUCAACGAGAAGUGCUUUGCAUAUUUUUAAAGAUAUUGGGACUAAAAAUGUCCAUUUACCUUCCUUUGAAAAUUGUCAAUUAGAAUUGGACCCUUCUGCUGAUUUUGCAAUUAUCCACAUGGAACAAGAAAAUACUCAAAUUCGAAAAGUUUACGUGUUGCCAAUGAGAGAACAUACAACAAUUUGUGACAACGUUUUUACAGAAAAACAAAGAUUAAAAAAUAAAAUGGCAACGCAGGCAAAAGUUUUGUUAAAUCUUUUUGGGGGAUUUGAUUGUAAAGAGGUCAGACUUGAUGCUUCUGAAAAGAAAUUUACUGCACAUCGCUAUAUUGUUCGAGAAGAUCUCAGCAGAGUACGAAAAACUGACGUCACCAUACCUACUGAACAUUUUGAAAAAUUUUAUAUUCAUGUAGAAACAAGAAUUGUUAUAAGCUUGAGAGAACUUCGAUCAAUUCUUCAUUUUGGAAAUAUUUGCGGAUUCACACUUAAUUUGCAUUUUGACAGACCUGGGCGGCCAAUGAUUGUGGCAAUUGAUGAAAAUAUGGAUUUAACUGCAGAAUUUGUAUUGGCUACAAUGGAUGAUUUUGAUGCUCAACCCCAAACCCAACAUACCUCAUCUCAACAGAAUCAGUUAAGCUCAACACAAUCCACUUCAAAUCAACAACAAGAAUCUCAAACUCCAAAUAUUCAAAAAUUGGGAAUCGCAAAACGUUUAAAUUUAAAUCCUCGUCAGAAAGAAAAUCAAAUGCCUCAACAUUGUGCUUCGUUUUCUUGA